GCAAGGCCCAGGGGUCGGGUGCAGAGCCACGUGGCUGAGGCCCAGCACCCACCGCAUCGUGCGUUUUUUCCUUCCUUCUUCCCGCGCUUUCGCUGCUCUUUGUUCUGCACAGGACUCUUGGAGCGAGAGAGCGUAACCAGCAGCAGCGGCUUCAGCAACACCGGUCUGCGGCAGAUGAGAGGCGCGGAUGGACGCAGCUUCUUUGCAAGAACAGCAGCAGGAACAGGACAAGGACAAGGACAAGGAGCAGGACCCUGCAGCUAGCCCCGAUGACGACCACCAGCAGCAGGAGGAAGUGCAGGAGGAUCACCACAGAACCUCACUCUCUUCCUCUCUCGAACUACCAAUACCCGCCAUCGCCCGCGUCGUCGCCCUCCGCCAGUCAUCCGACCGCACGCUGCCCCCUCUUCCCUCGCGCGGAGCCUCCUCUGCCCCUGUCUCUGUCUCCGACCCACCGCAGGAGCAACAGCAACAGCAGCAGCAGCAGCAGGCGGGCUUCAGUCUUGAGAAAUCACACCGGCCAAAGACAGGGAUUGUUAGGAGUAAACGGCCGCCGCCGCUCAAUAUCGACCAGGCGAGACCGGGACGGAGUGCGUCUGGGAUAGGGCGACGGGUGCGGAGGAUGACGAGCAGUGUGCUCGGGAAAGCCCUGCCCCCCGUGGUCCUCAACGACGGAGAACCAAAAAACACAGCAGCAACAGCAGCAACAGCAGCAACAGCUCCCACGCCAACCUACGCCCGCAAAAACAGAAAGCGCGUGCUCGGCCUGCCAUGGUGGGCCUUCGCCCUCAUUCUCUUCGCCCUCGUCGUCGUCAUCAUCGUCUGCGUCGUCGUCCCCACCCAAAUAUCCGCAAAACGCAAAGCGAACCGCGCAUCCGACAGCUCAGCAAGCACAACCUCCUCCACCUUACCACACUACCCUUUCUCGCCCUCCACCACAUCCACCAGCAGCAGCUCGAGUCCGUCGGCGUCGGACGUCAGCACCGCGAUUUGUCGCAAAAUCCUGCCCUGCGAAAACGACGGUGUGAGCUCGGUGCGUAACCUCACCUGCGUCUGCAUCUGCACAAAUGACUUUGCUGGAAACGUGUGCCAAUACGCCUCCGGCACCGCGUGCAGCGUGUACACCCUCGCAGACGCCGACGCGGACGGGAAGAACGUCACGCUCGGGACGUCGAUCGCGGAGGUCCUUGACGACGAUAACGAGUAUUUUGCAUACAUCAGCCUGAACGCGUCGACAAUCUACGACGUCUUGACCGACGCCGACGUAGGCUGCUCAUCGCAAAACGCCCUUGUCUCUUUCGACACCGACGACUUCACCAGCACCAGCAGCACGUUCAACAUCACAUCCACAGUCCUUGACUUUGCACAGAUCCUCGUGCUCGACGUGCUGCAAACAAACAAGAGCGUGAGCGACGCGGCGAUGCUGCAGGAGAGCUUGCAGACCGCGUUUGACGACGACGAGAUCGAUGCUGAUUCGGGGACGGUGUAUCUCGAGUACUGCGGCGUCGAGGUCGAUUUCUUGACUUUUACUGCUACGGGCAACGGCGUCGGAGGCGGGUGGUAGCAUCUUAUUCUAUGAACUUACGAAUUUGCAUUUUUUGUCUUUGUCUUUGUGUUUGUGUUUGUCGGGGAGUAAACUGGUUAGAUCUCGUGUAGACAUGACGAUCGUCUUAAUAAUCCUGCUAUGUGCGUUCUAUGAUUAAUA